GGUUUGUCCGCGCGACCGAGGUUGAAAACUUUGUCAUGACCUCAGUCAACAACUGAACAAAAGCGCGCGCCACUCUCCAACCUCAAUCGCCAUCAUGUCCGGCUCCGACCAGACGAAUCCCCCGAGCGCAAAUGGGGAGGAGGAGAAGCCGAAAACCGACGCCAUCGACGAUGCACCGGAAAUCAUCCACAAUCCCUACUUCACCAACGCGGCCAAGACGUCGGUCCGAAAACUCCCACCAUGGCUCGACCAUUUCAACCCCAAGGACCUCAAGAAGCUGUUCAGAUGCUGUCUCGCCGUUUGGAUCAUGACGCUCCUGAUUCUCAUCCACCCGACCCUCAAAGUGCUCGGCCAGGCGGCUUUUCUUGGAUGGUAGGUCCGCCCGUCGCCGCAUGCCACUCUGCUCACUCUCUAGCAUCGUCUUGUUCAUCGCACCGCCAUCUGGCAUCGUCUUCUUCCACCUGAUAUCGGCCGUCAUGGUUCUGCUGGGUAUGACGUCCGCCUGGGCCUGGGGCGUCAUUAGCAUGAAGGCCGCCCUGGCGACUCGCGCGGGUGCACAAACAAAAGCACGAUAUGGCGAGCUUCUGCAAUUAGCUCAAAACGCCACCAACCCGACCCAAUUUGUCAAGGUCGAGAUCUACAACGGCUGGAUGUUGGAUGCGAGAGUGUCACUGACCUAUUUCUUCAUGAUUGGUUUGUAUUUGUACAUGGUAGCCCGCCUUCGAGUCAGGGCACCCAAGCUCAUGCUUCUGCAAAUCAUGGCUUGCAUCGUCAGCACCAUCUUCCUCACGCAAGCGCCUCUAUUGCCCGCAUUCAGAGGAAUCAUUGGCAAGAUUUUGGUCUUGCCCUGCGCCAUUGCAGAAGGCAUUGCCAUCGUGUGCAACAUCUUCAUCUUCCCGACGUCGUCCGCAACCGAAGCACUCGACGGAAUGAGAAACCUUCUCUCCCCGAUGCCGACCUUUCUGGAUGCUUGCCUCCUUGGAUUGAAGCACCCUAGCUUGGAUAUGAGCGCCGACGUGCUGAAUGGAGCCAGAAUGAAAAUCCUGACGACAUACAAGCAAUUGGAACCCAUCACCCGGUUCCUCCCAAUUGACUUUUCCAUCGGGAGGUGGAAUUCAGAUGACCUGGGUACACUAAAUGACCCGUUUCGACAACUCAUUGUUGUGUUUACCAGUCUGGUUGAAGUCCACAGACAAAAGGAAGUACGAAAAGGCAAGGCCAAGCAGGCACUGGAAAUUGCACAGGCGGUGGAGGAUGGUGUCGAUACUCGUGAAACAGGGCGACAUCAGAUUAACCGAGCAGUCGACUAUCACGUAAAGUCGAACCAUCCUGAACGAGCUGAAUUGGUGCGGAACAGUCUGAAGGCGCUGUCGAGCCCGGCAGAGGUCUUAAUUGAAGCAUGCAAAGAGUCGAUCGAAGCUGUCAGCGAGGGUUUGCUGCACUCGAACGCGUUCAAGGCAGCUGGCCACGCCGAGAGGCUGCAGAAGCACACUGCCACCCUCGAAAAGCUCCGAGAAUGUCGCGAGGAAUUCAUCAACUCCACCGCUCAAUAUCUCUUCGAUCCCUCCCACCACAUCUUCGAUGACAAGGGCAUCCUGCAGGUCGACGAUGGUGCCGCUCCAGUAUUGACUGGCCUGAUGCUGGGACUGCUCAUCAAGGAGAGACUAUCUCAGCUAGCAGAUGCACUGGAAGAGAUCCUCUCGAGAAUCAUCGAAUUAGAGACUGCUAGAUCGAGGCUGCGAAUCUGGCUCCCUACCCGGUUAAUGUCCCUCUUCGGGUGGAUGGGCACAACCGACUUGUCAGAAAACGACACGCCUGGCGCAGAUAUUGGCGACACGGUCAUCACUCGCAUCUCAACCGUCGCUUCGAACGCUCGUCUGCCCAAGGAGUCAGUUGAUCCAAAUGCCAAAUCGGCGCAAGCUGAACUGGCCGCGAUGAAAACCCCAAACAGCCGCAAACGCAGCGGACGGGGUCACUUUGUGCUGAACACUACCAGGUGGCUGGGGAGUGCCGAGGGCAUUUACGGACUUCGCAUGGUGAUUGUCUCUCUCGCCCUUUCCAUCCCAGCCAUCAUCCCUUCCACUGCGGGCUUCUUUUACCGGGAGAAGGGGAUGUGGGCUGUCAUUAUGGCGCAGCUUGCUCUUGUCCCGUACACGGCCGACCUUGUGUAUGGAAUCAUUGUUCGAGCCGUUGGAACCAUCAUCGGUGGCAUUGUGGGUAUGGCAGCAUGGUAUAUUGGUGCUGGCAACGGGCGAGGAAACCCGUACGGCGAAGCUGCCAUCAUGGCCGUUGUGAUUGUCAUCUUCAUGUGGUGGCGUCUCUUCAGCUCGCCCGCCUUGAUGCCUGCAGGACUCAUGAUGGCUGUCACGGCAUAUCUCGUCCAGGCCUACAGCUGGAUCGACACUCACAACCCAAUCUAUGGUAACCCUGGCGUAGGCUACGAAGUGUUCUGGAGACGUGUUGUCCUUGUCUUCGUCGGCUUUGGCGGGACAGUCGUUGUCAACUUUCUCCCGAAACCACCCUCUGCGAACCGACAUUAUCGCCAUCUUCUUGCCGACAGCCUCGUUAGUGUGCGAGAUCUGUAUGCCCUUUUUGCAUCCAACUGGAAGGACGCUGCGCCAGAUCUGCGCGAAGUUGUCGAGGCGGAGGGCCUAGCAGUGGCCGAGGUUCUCUUGUCCAUUGCGGGGCCUAUCAAGCUGACAAUGUUCGAAUUUUCAUCAUCCAACUUUGAUUCGGAUACGCUCAGCAAGGUCUGCCAGCUGUGUAUGCUCCUCAACCAAAACGUCACCCAGCUACUGCUCUACACAGCUCGGUUGACAGAGGAGCAGAGGGCGUGGAUCAUUCCAUCCACCGGUACCAUCAAAGAGAGCUUUAUCGCCGAGCUCAUGGCGGUGCUUUCACUGGUGCAGCAAGCAUUAAAGACCGGCGAUCCUCUCCCCGCUGUCCUGCCUACGCCACUAUUCGCCAAGGCAGUAGAGGCUGCAAGGGAGCAUUUCCACGAGGGAAUUCGCGGAUCCAGCGGUGUCUACCACAAGGAUAACUUUGACGACGAGGGUUCAAGGAGAUAUGCAGUCGUUUUGAAUGCGCUGUUGCAAAUGCUUGCGGCUCUGGAUGAGCUGGUUUUGGUUUUGAAAAAGGCAGUUGGCGAGACAAGUAACAUAGCUUUUCUGGAGACUGUAUAGGCAUGGCAGCUUUGUGCAAUCCCCUGCUCAUUCAAAAUGACAAAAUCCAUUAUUGCAA